AUGGCGGACUACGUGCCAUGUGCCACUCCUCCCUCGAAAGGGUUCCUCUCGAGCAUCAACCCGCUGGCAAUUUUCGACGACGUAGAAACUCUUACUCCACGUGAAUUUCUUCGGGACUUCUACACUCGACAAGGUCUGCACGAUAAGCUGGAAGACGUGGACGCAUUGGUGGAGAAUUACGGCCACCGAAUGCACCUGCUUUAUGCAGAACUCGAUAAAAAGUAUGGUACGACGUUCUGCAAGAACCCCCCACCAGUUUCAAGUGAAACUCGCAAAGCCGAACCCGUGGGAAUGCAUUCGUACAGGACCCCGACAACUCCAAAAUGUCCCGGCAAACCCCCUGCUAACAAAAUUGUUCUACUUGGGAACUCGGGUGUGGGCAAAACCAACUUGAUCGGCCGUUUGCACAAGGGCGAGUACAACGAGGAGUUCACAUCCACAAUUGGAGUGGAGUUUCUCACCCACGCUGUCAAGGUCGACAAUGUUGACCUGAAGGCUCAAAUCUGGGAUACUGCUGGUCAAGAACGUUUUCACGCCAUGAUGUCCACCUACUAUCGCAAAGCUGCUGGGGCUUUGCUAGUGUUCGAUGUCGGCAACCGUGCCAGCUUACUUGACGUCGAGAGAUGGCUCGAUCAACUGCUGAAUGUCGCCGAACCUGGACUGCAUGCAACGCUCGUCGGGAACAAGUGUGAUCUGCCUGCAGACGAAAGGGCUGUGACGGCAGAGGAAGCGCGUCAGUUUGCAGCUGAACACCACAUGGCGUACAUUGAGACGUCGGCCAAGACUGGGCAGAACGUCAAUGAGGCCUUCCAUGAUAUUAUUUCUGCGAUCCACCGAGCGCGGCUGGCAGACUCCCAAGAAUCCUAUUUCGCUACCAUCGAGCUCAACAGCAACAAUCCCGGAUCAAGCUCGCUCUUCAACUGCAAAUUAUUCUAG